CAGUCCUGGAGCGCCGCUCGGCUGCCAGAGGGAAGCCGCCACCUGCUCCGGUGCGGAGUCGCUCCUUGCUGCGCGCCGAGAGGGAGAGCAGCCGCCCGCGCCCGUGAAGUUACCGCUCCUCUUGCCUCCGGGGGAAAGCUGCAGCCGCCGCCUCGCGACCUCGGAGGGGGAGAAGUCGCCUCUCCGCUACGAGAGGGAAGAAGCUCCUCUGCGGGCGCGCCGCCCAGCUCCGCCGCUGCCUCCUGGUCCCGCCGCGGGCAGGCGGGAUGAUGGAGCCCCCCGCCGCCGCUGCCGCCUGCGCCUCCUGCCGCCGCCGCCCGCUGCCGCCGCCGCUGCUGCUCUGCCUCCUGCUCGCAGCCCUCUGCCUGCCACCAGCUCUGGGAUUGUACACAGUCAAUGCAGUAUAUGGAGAUACUAUUACUAUGCCUUGUCGUCUAGAAGUACCGGAUGGUCUUAUGUUUGGAAAAUGGAAAUAUGAAAUGCCGAAUGGAUCUCCAGUAUUUAUUGCCUUCAGAUCAUCAACCAAAAAAAAUGUACAGUAUGAUGAUGUACCAGAAUACAAAGACAGGUUGAGUCUCUCAGAAAACUAUACGUUAUCCAUCAAGAAUGCAAGGAUCAGUGAUGAAAAGAGAUUCGUUUGUAUGCUAGUUACAGAAGAUGAUGUUUCCGAAGAGCCAACGAUAGUCAAAGUCUUCAAACAACCCUCUCAACCAGAAAUCUUACAUCAAGCAGACUUCUUAGAAACAGAGAAGCUACAAAUGCUCGGGGAGUGUGUUGCGAGAGAUAGUUAUCCUGAAGGCAAUGUUACAUGGUACAAAAACGGGAAAGUUUUGCAGCCCAUUGAAGAAGUUGUGGUCAUAAACUUUCAAAAGCUUUUGAACAAAACAACUGGACUCUUCACCAUGAGAUCAUCUCUUCAGUAUAUGCCAACCAAGGAAGAUGCAAAUGCCAAGUUUUCUUGCAUUGUAACAUAUUAUGGGCCAUCUGGACAGAAAACAAUACAGUCUGAACAAGUUGUCUUCGAUGUUCACUACCCAACAGAGAAGGUGACUAUUCAAGUGCUGCCACGAAGUAGUACCAUUAAAGAAGGUGAUAACAUCACUCUGAAGUGCUCAGGAAACGGCAACCCUCCUCCACAGGAGUUCCUGUUUUACAUUCCAGGAGAAACAGAAGGUAUAAGAAGCUUAGAUACUUACAUAAUGACAGACGUGAGACGAAAUGCAACAGGAGAAUACAAGUGCUCUCUGCUUGACAAAAGCAUGAUGGACUCAACCACCAUCACUGUACACUAUUUGGAUUUGCAGCUUACUCCUAGUGGAGAAGUCACGAAACAGAUUGGAGAGGCCCUGCCUGUGUCAUGCACAAUUUCUUCAAGUAGAAAUGCAACUGUGUUUUGGAUAAAGGACAAUACCAGAAUGCAAACAAGUCCAUCAUUUUCAAGUCUUCAGUAUCAAGAUGCUGGAAACUACAUAUGCGAAACUACUCUACAGGAGGUUGAAGGGCUGAAGAAAAGAAAGACACUGAAACUUAUUGUGGAAGGAAAACCUCAAAUCAAAAUGACAAAGAAAACCAACACAAAUAAAAUGUCUAAAACAAUUGUCUGCCACGUGGAAGGUUUCCCCAAACCAGCAGUGCAAUGGACAGUUACUGGUAGUGGAAGCAUCAUAAAUAAAACAGAGGAGACCAAAUAUGUUAAUGGAAAGUUUUCCAGUAAAAUUGUAAUUGCUCCGGAGGAAAAUGUGACUUUAACUUGCAUUGCAGAAAAUCAGCUAGAAAGGACUGUGACCUCCCUGAAUGUCUCUGCUAUAAGUAUUCCAGAAUAUGAUGAGCCAGAAGAUAGAAGUGAUGACAAUAGCGAAAAGGUUAAUGACCAGGCAAAGCUAAUAGUGGGAAUUGUAGUUGGUCUCCUGCUGGCUGCUCUGGUUGCAGGUGUUGUCUACUGGCUCUAUGUGAAGAAAUCAAAGACAGCAUCGAAACAUGUAGACAAAGAUCUUGGAAAUAUAGAGGAAAACAAAAAACUAGAAGAGAACAAUCAUAAAUCUGAAACUUAAGAGAAAAUGUGUCAGUCAUUGUUCCAGAGAAUACGUAUAGACCAAUUGAAGCAUGAACGUGGAUUGUAUUUAAACAUAUACAAAGAAGUGACAGCUAUUCAUGGUUCGAGUAUUAAACAGAUCAUACUACCAAAUUUUCAAAAGAUUGUAGACACAAUUAUCUCAAGUUAAAAAAAACCCACAAACUAAUUUUGGCAACAGCCAUGAUAAUAGGUCACCAUGUUGUGUUCUGUUUGAAAUAUUUUUUUGUAAAUGUCUGCACUGAAGAUUUCUUUUUGUUUGCCUUUAUGUAAAUUUUUUACGUAGCUAUUUUUAUACACUGUAAGGCUUUGUUCUGGGAGUUGCUGUUAAUCUGAUGUAUAGUGUAAUGGUUCUAUUUCAGUUGUUUUUAUGACACCCUUUGAGCAGGUACAUGUCUAAUUCUGAUUGUUAUCAGUGAAGCCUCUGCUUUGUAGCGAGUACCUAGAGUUUAAGAUUGUCUUAAAGGAAAACAUCAAACUCCUUUUUCGUUCUUUGAAAUCACAGUGAAGAGGAAGGGUGACAGCUCUGACAAGAAUAAACCCGAAUUGUGAAUAAAAGUGACCAUUUAAAAAACCAUGCAAAGCUAAAUAGCCAGAAAGGGAAUAAAGACUUUCUGCGAAGAAGUCUGGGUUUUAAGCAAGAAACACAAUGAAAAAUUCCUAGCAUACGUACAGACAGUGGCUAAUAAUCCUUUUCUUCUAGAGCAAGACACGUAUUUUAUUGAUACUUUACCGGUUGUCUUUCAUGUUAGGAUUAGAAUAAGGAACUGGAAUUCUGGGUUAGUUUUGAUUCCUUUAUGUUAUCUGCUGCCUUAAAGUACUGUACCUUUUCAUCAUUUCCAAAAGAUACCAGUCAGAAUUGGAAACUUUUUUUUAAAAGUGAUCAUAUCAAAGCUGCAUUUUUUUUCCACGAGAAUAGAAUAUAAAUAUAUAUAU